GGAAAGAACGCGCUAAGAAACUAUUUAAAACCUGCUACACGUGUCUGUUUUUCAAGUGAGCAUCAAAGGAAAAACAAAAUGCACCGAGCAAUGGCUCAGAACAGACCAUGCGCUCUCAUCUCAGAAGUAGGUAGAGAGGGUCUCAUCCAAGAAGCUGUUGACCUUAUGAAGCAACAUUUUGAGAUAAUCACUCAUCGAGACUUUCUUCAAAACCCGUCUCUCAGCUCCAAGAUCCAAGUUGUGUUUCUGUGGGACAAUAAGCCUAAACCCGACUCAUCGCUGAUCAGUUCACUGCCAGCCUUAAAGGUAAUCGCCAACGGAGGAGUGGGCAUUGACCAUUUGGAUGUCCCCCGUCUGAAUGCUCUCGGCAUAAGAGUGAGCAACACGCCUCAUGUGGUCAGUAACGCUACGGCUGAUAUGGCAAUGGGACUGCUGCUGGCAUCCGCACGUAUGAUUGUAGAAGGUCAUCUAAUCACUGUGGAUCCAAAGACAACUCGAUUUCCAGGCACAGAAAUGGGCUUUGAGGUGACAGGCUCUACUCUUGGCAUCAUUGGGAUGGGGCACAUUGGAUUCAAAAUCGCUCAAAGAGGAAGAGGAUUUGAUAUGAAGAUUUUGUACCAUAACAGAAAUAAAAGGUCAUGUGAAGAUGAACAAGCCGUAGGAGCUGUGUACUGUAAAAACAUGGAGGAUCUGCUGAGAGAGGCGGACUUUGUGGUGCUGGCGGUGAAUCUGACCCCACAAACCACAGGACUCAUUGGGCACAAAGAGCUCUCCCUCAUGAAAACCACGGCAACACUGGUCAACAUCAGCCGAGGUCGUGUUGUGGACCAAGAUGCUUUAGUUGAAGCACUACAGAAACGGACAAUACGAGCAGCAGCCUUGGAUGUGACCUACCCAGAACCUUUACCGAGAGAUCACCCUCUUCUGCACCUGCCAAAUAUAAUCAUCACGCCCCAUAUUGGGACAGAUACUCUAGCCACAACAUUGAAGAUGGUGCAAACGAUGGUAGACAAUGCACUUGCCGCUGUACAAGGACAACAGAUUCCAAAUGAAGUCAAGCCUUUGUGAAAUCAGAGAAUCACCUGCUUUAAUGACAAAUGUGAAUAUGACAUUUCACUAGAUAGAAAUGUGUGCAAUCAAAAAUAAUACUCAUCAGUGUGAGUGAAUUAUAACUGUGAAUUUGAUUUCUAAAUAACUCAAAAAGUAUAAGAUUAAGUGGUGAUUUUUUAUUUUUUAUUUUAUUUUUAUUUUUUUCUUUUAAGUUGUAUGUUUAAUAAUUGAUUUGAAUCUGAAUCUAUAUAUGUAACUGAAUAACUGUAGGCAUAGUUAAAACCAUUCUUCCAGGAAAUUCUCAGUUAAAAAUGUAAAAAUAUGUAAAAUCACAAUGUACAUUAGCUGAGUUUGUUAAAUAUUUAACUGGAGUAAUGCCAGAAAACAGGUCAAAAAGCAGAUGUCUGUUUUCACCUGACAGAGGAACUGAACUCUUGGGGUAAGUCUUUACCAAGGGCAUUAAAAUGUUAUACUGUGUUUCUUCUCAAACUAGUUUUGCUUUAGUCCUAGACUCAAUACUGAUUCUGUAGUGUAUCCUUUAUAAAGAAGUGGAGUCCUUAUCCAGUUGGGUUUUCCUUUUUUGGAUUAGGCUCUAGGUACCAACCCUAACCUGUCGUAUAUUAAUUAUCUCCAUAGAGAGUUUAUUUCUGUAAUGUUCAACAGCAUGUAUCUCCAUGGCUGUGGUGGAAGAUUUUGCUCAUCUUUUUUUUCAAUUUUGCUAUAUACAGACAUCAUUUGUUGUAGAAGAAAAUACUUUCAAACCUUAAAUUGUAGAUUUUAUAUAGAAUUCAUGGAAAUUCAUCAGCUCUGAUUUAAAAUGUGUGGAUUAUUUUAUCAUGGCAAGUGUUCUGUUUAAGAUAAGGAAGUAAUUUUGGGCUCAUUCUGAAGAUAAAUAAUUGGAGAGGUUUUCUGAUCACAUAUGACCCAACAAUUACAAUUAAACAGGGACAGAAUGUAACACUAUGUGGAAAGGAAAUGUUCUCAAAAAGGCCAUUUUAAACAUUUUUUGCCAAUAUGUUCAAUGUUUAAAAACUGAAAGACUCUGAACUCAUGAAUCUUAUUUAAUUAUUGUAAUCAUCAUGUUAGCAUAACUUAUACCAAAUUUCAAUGUAUGUAUGCACAUGGAGGCUUCAUUUGAAACAGCAUGAUGUAUGAUGGGACUUGCUUCAGGUCCCAUCAUACAUUUGUUCAAAUGGCUGUUUUUGUCAAUAAAAAAACAUAACUAUUUAGAGCACGACAUUAACAAGGAAAAUGAUGCAGUAAACUCAGAAGUGAUUAACAUUUUUAUUUUAGCAUACCAGUCCAAACUAAACAAAAACUGAUUUCAAAGAUCUACAGGAUUAGAACAUUUAAAAAAUGAAGACACAAUAUAUAAAAUGGAAAUGGAAAUUUGACAGAGGAAUGGAAUGAGUAUUAUGGAGAAACUGACGCAUUUACUUAUAUACACUAAGUUGAGAAACGGAAACAUUUCAGAAUACUUGGAAAGACCUCCUGGAUUUAGCAAAACCAAAAAGAUCUGAUUUUAUCUAACUCGUUAUUCCCAGUUUUUGUUCUGCUACAUAGUUAUUAAUUUUAUUAAUGGAUGAAUUGUGGAUGUUGGUCAAAAUAUUUCUGAUUAUAUAAUGUAUGUAUAUUUUGUCCUGCAAAAUCAAUAAAAAUAUAAUUU